CACCGCUGACAUCGUGAAGGACCCAAAAGUCACUCAGCGAAAACUCCCUGAUGGACCCGAAGUUUCCGAUCAUAAUUGCACUGCAGCAUAGCAUACAAGGGCUCUCAUAUGUCAAUGACUCGACGUACGUAGAGUAUAAGUACAGGGUACAUGCAACCCAUUGCAGACAUUCUCUCGCCAAAUUUCUCCCUGCACAAUGACAAUGAACAACCUGCCCACAUCCACCCUCGAUCGCAAACCUGAGGUUCUAGCAAACAUCCGCCAGUCCAUCGCCGAUUUUUUUCAUCGUUGCGGCUUGCAAUAUAAGAACACCACGCUUAACAAAGUGUGGUACUCUGAAUGCUGCCAGGAGGCCAUCAACCGCGGCUAUCCGAUGAACGCCAUCCUCCCAUACAUGGCCGCUGGCGUGGCUAUGAUGUCUAACACUUACGAUCAUCUCCCGGACCGUGCAACCAAGAUGUGGAUUUGCUUUCUCACUGCCGUAGGCAUGUGCAUCGACGACAUGAUGAUCAGGGCAGAAGAUCUAGUGCAUGUGUACCAUUUCAACGAGCGAUUCGUGAAUUGCCAACCGCAAGAACAUCCAGUUCUGAAUGCGCUUGACGGGCUUUUACGUGAGGUCGCUUGCCAUUAUUCUGCACCGGUAUCAAAUUUGAUCAUCACGUCCUCGCUCAACUUCGUAUCUUCCAUUUUACUUGACAAUGAGACCAAAGAUAUGCCGAUCUCGCUGCAGACUCCCUCAUACCCCGAGUACUCUAGACUACUAUCAGGCUUGGCAGAUGCGUACGGAUUCUUCAUUUUCCCUUCCACACUCCCGCUUCAGGAAUAUAUUCAAUGUAUGCCGGAUCUAAUCGUAGUCGUAAACCACACAAAUGAUAUAUUGUCAUACUACAAAGAGGAGAUCGAAGGCGACUCCGCAAACUAUCUGUCGCUCAUAGCGGCCUCCCGUGCGCUCACCAAACAGGACACUCUCCAUGAACUCAUUGAGAAAACUGUGCAAGCACAUCACAAUGUCCUCGAAUUCUUGAGACCGCGCCCUGAGGCAUAUGACGCCUAUGUUGCAUUUUUCGAUGGAUAUUUCAAAUACCAUACUACCUCAAGAAGGUACAAGCUGGAGGAAGUCAUGUCGGAGAGGUCGUCUUCUUGAUGCAUAACUUUCUUGUGGUACUUUUCAACUUUCUGUAGUUAUUACAUUACUUGGUCUCUAUAUCUACCAGGCGCUAUUAGAUUGUCCGUCCCUUGAACUCUUCUUGCUCCUUCCAGUUUCGAAGGGUUUGACGAGAUUAUGGGCAUUUUUUCCAUUGUACUUACUUACCUCUGUAUUAAUUCAGUGUAUGUAAAGCUCGAGGACUACAACUCGAAUUGCUCA